CUGUCAUGCAACACAUAAUUGUACCAUACAAUCAAAGAAAUAUUGGAACAGUUUGCGCGCCAAUCAAACAUUCGUCAUUACCAUCUUCUCAAUCUAUUGUGAAGCAAUAGAUUAAUGCUUCGCGUUAUUCGUCCCGCUGUCUCACGGCGCUAUCUAUCAACAAUCAUGGCAUCUAAUACUCCAUAUGAAGAUAUCAUUCGCACUCGGCUGACAGAAGAGUUGAAACCUACCCGUCUUGAAAUAUUCAAUGAUUCAUCCAAACACUCACAUCACCAAGCUAUGGCUGGCUCAACGUCUCACGAGACCCAUUUUCGAGUCGAGAUCGUAUCGGAAGCGUUCACCAAAAAGAUGCAACCUGCAAGACAUAGAAUGGUGUAUGCUUUACUGAAAGAGGAGAUGGCAAAAGAAGGUGGCAUUCACGCUUUACAGCUGAAGACGAGGACACCCGAUGAAGAAGAACGGCAGAAGGCAAAGGAGGAGGGAGAGGACAAGGGAGCGGUUGUUGCUGAGGCAAGUGGACCUUAGUAGAGAGAUUUGAUGUUUUAUCUGGUGAUCGAGAUGCUUCCUUCGAGACAUCAUUACAAAACAGCAGAUUGGGAGGUCAAAGGAAACAGCUGUGAAGCUGUGUGUUUAUGCUAUUGCUUGGUUGUGGAGUUAAAGGCAGAUUUGAACAUACAGAGCGAACACAUUGAGCGAAAGAUUGCAGCGUUUCGUUUCAUGAAAAUCUAAGCAUACACAUUACCUAGACCAUUUCAGUCGGCUCCUCGAUGGCUAAAUUCUCACUUUGGUCAAAGUUAUUUGCGCUCAAAAACGAACAUAGAUUUUCCAAGAUAAUUAGUCUAAGAUG